CAUUAUCAAAUGUGUUGAAUGUUGCGAAACAAAAACAAAGUCGAGGUGAGAGUUGGUGACGUAGUCCAGCGACACGUCAACCACACGGAAGAAGGUGCCCAUCCGACCUGCCACGGAAGUGCUGACUGAAGAGCCGUAGUCUUAUCGAAAUGGGUGGUUUCUUCUCUAAUCUUUUCUCGGGCCUGUUCGGCACCAGGGAGAUGAGGAUUCUCAUCCUGGGUUUGGACGGUGCAGGAAAAACGACCAUUCUGUACCGGUUGCAAGUUGGAGAAGUGGUUACCACAAUCCCCACAAUCGGGUUCAAUGUCGAGACAGUCACGUACAAAAACCUGAAGUUCCAGGUGUGGGAUCUGGGUGGACAGACGAGCAUCAGACCCUACUGGCGAUGUUACUACUCAAACACGGAUGCAGUAAUCUACGUGGUUGACAGCAGUGACCGCGACAGGAUGGGCAUCUCCAAGUCUGAGUUGGUUGCCAUGUUGGAGGAGGAAGAGCUGAAGAAAGCCAUCCUGUUGGUGUUUGCAAACAAACAGGAUAUGGACCAGGCAAUGACACCCGCUGAGGUGGCCAACUCUUUGGGCCUUCCUGUCCUCAAAGACAGAAAAUGGCAGAUCUUUAAGACCUCGGCCACAAAGGGUACGGGUCUCGACGAGGCGAUGGAAUGGUUGGUGGAGACGCUGAAGAGUCGGCAGUAAAGGCUUCCACCCUUUCUGUAAAUACUCUUGACCUCUGACCUUCCGUUAUGAAGCCUUGUGACUGACCUUUCAUCCCACUUUCCACUGGAAUCCCCAAUUGCACUCCUCCCCUCCUCCAACCCACCUGAAGCCUUGGCUGAGCCCUCCCAAUUCCUAACGCCUUUCAAGUCUGGGACCCCCGGGUGACGGCUGCAGUAACGUCUGGACUGGGCACACGCUCCCGAUGCCACGAGCGAGGGUUUAAAAGAGCUAGACGAGUCUGAAUCCACAUUUUUCCUUUUUGUAAAUGCAAAGAAAAUUCCUAGCACACGUGAAAAGGCGCAAAUGGGACGAUGGAAGUGUCAUCACGCCUGACGGGGAAUCUCUAAAUGAGGCUCCUUUGAAAGCCCAUCCACACUAGUGCUCCGUAGCGUUGUCGAAAAGCGCACGUCUUUACCCGACCGUGCGUCAGCUAGAUGCACCAGUUAAACUCCCGUAACGCCACCAGAAGAGGACGGGCGCCCAUGUGCGCGCAGUGCCGUCAUGAUCCACCGGAAGGCGGUGUUUUAUCGUAAAAGGCACAAAUAUCAGUCCUGCUCCUCAACUAAGCAGCCAGAGGUGAAGACGCGAUCACUGGGGAGAAGCUGCUUGAUGCCAAAUCAUUAGAAACUGUAUGAUCAUAUGCUGGACUAGUCAUACCGCUCUGUGACCCACCGGCUGGGUUGGUAGAAAAUGUUCCAAAUACUUUUGGAAAUUGCUAAUUUGACCUCCAUCUCAUCCACUAUAAGUCUUCUGGCCAAGUGUUACUGCAGCCUGGGCGGUUUUUGUACUAUAUUGUUAGGCAGAUAGAAUGUCAUGGAUUUGUUUUUCUUCCUCUUGUGUACUUGUUCUUUUAAAAAAAUAGUUAAAGCCCUUUUCCUUUGAAAAUGCAUCUUUGGCAAUUAGUUACUGAACACUAACAGUAUGCUCAAAGUUUUAUGGUUGCAUAUUUAUAUCUGCUUGUACAGUAAAUGAUUCUCAGUAAAGAGUGCUAUCAGUGAUUGUA